CAGCUGUACAGAGCGGCCUCCACCAUCAUCACAGCUGUACAGGGCGGCCUCCACCAUGACAGCUGUACAGGGCGGCCUCCAGCAUGACAGCUGUACAGGGCAGCCUCCACCAUGACAGCUGUACAGGGCGGCCUCCACCAUGACAGCUGUACAGGGCGGCCUCCACCAUGACAGCUGUACAGGGCGGCCUCCACCAUCUUGGCUGUACAGGGCGGCCUUUACCAUCUUGGCUGUACAGGGCGGCCUCUACCAUCUUGGCUGUACAGGGCGGCCUCUACCAUCUUGCCUGUACAGGGCGGCCUCUACCAUCUUGGCUGUACAGGGCGGCCUCUACCAUCUUGGCUGUACAGGGCGGCCUCUACCAUCUUUGCUGUACAGGGCGGCCUCUACCAUCUUGGCUGUACAGGGCGGCCUCUACCAUCUUGGCUGUACAGGGCGGCCUCUACCAUCUUGGCUAUACAGGGCGGCCUCUACCAUCUUGGCUGUACAGGGCGGCCUCUACCAUCUUGGCUGUACAGGGCGGCCUCUACCAUCUUGGCUGUACAGGGCGGCCUCUACCAUCUUGGCUGUACAGGGCGGCCUCUACCAUCUUGGCUGUACAGGGCGGACCUCACCACCAUUGUUGUCAGCCGUCUCCACCUGGACACGUAUGAGUGGCGCAGGAAUGUGGAGACCGCCAUGUCAACUUCUUCCAGCCGGAAAGCAUUUCUUCAGCAUCUGCAGGACAAACAUCUUAGGCUUCUUUCACACUGCCGUUAUGACAAAGCAGUGCGACGGCCAUCAGUGGGGCCGGGGAGAAAAGUGGGGAAAAAAUAAUUGAAUGCGUCGUCUUUUUCUCCGGCUACAAAAUAACCGCACCUGACAAACCCCAUUAUAGUAAAUGGGAUCCAUCGGGACCCAUUGCUGCCCUUUGUGCCCCGUUCCGAUAAGGGCUGUUAAAGGCCGAAUGAAAAAGAAAAAGUGCAUAAUGGUCGUUUAUGGACGGGGUACAACGGCAGUGUGAAAGUAGCCUUAGACUGUAAUACGUUUGCUUAUUAGGUAGCCUCCUCUCCCUCAGUGGCCAUUGAUACCCAGGGCUAUGAAUGCAAGAUCCAGGGCUUUAGCCCCCUUAGCCUCCCCCUAGCACCACCCCUGGUGAUUAUAUCCGGAAUGCAAGGGUGAACUGCAGGAGACAUGAAAAAGAAGAAGAGUCAGCACUGGAAAUAUUUAGGGGGAGAUUUAUUAAAACCUGUCCCGAGAAAAAGUUGCGGAGUUGCCCAUAGCAACCAAUCAGAUCGCUUCUUUCAUUUCUCAGAGGCCUUUUCAAAAACGAAAGUAGUGAUCUGAUUGGUUGUUAUGUUCAACUCAGCAACUUUUCCUCUGGACGGGUUUUGACAAAUCUCCCCCUUAGUCUUUCUAUAAACUUGAUGCAUUUGUCAAUAAAAAAGUUUAAUAACUUAUAA